GGCCACCGCCGCCACCACCAUGGCCGCCGCUGCCAGGGCCUCCACGGGAUCCAUCGCCAGGGCCGCUCUUCUAGUUGCGAUAGCCACCUCUGCCUCCCUGCCUGCCUCGGGAAGCAGAGUUCGCUGAGGAUUUGAAUCCGCCUCUGCCGUUUCCGUGGUACAGUUCGACCCGCUGAUCAAAAUUGGCCACCAGAGAGAAAAGGAGAUCGACCGUGAUGGGCUCGGUGCGGACAUCAAGCGCAGAGAUAAGUGGCUGGUAAUCCAUAUCAAGGCCGACGACGAUGAACAAGAUGAGUUCUGGCUCUCCGAGAGGUCUGCCCGCCGCCGCGAGCUCAUCGGAGAGGGAACGCAUAUAGCCGAAGUAUGUUGAGGCAGAUUGUGUGCCCUUUUGGGCGUUGGUGAGGGCAGCACGAAGAUUGUUGACGCGAGAGAGAGAGACCGCAGCAAACAUGUUGGAGAGCGCCGUCCAUAUUGCAUGCGAGGUCUCCAGUGAAGCCACCUGGACGAGGACCUCCUUGGAGAGAUUUUGGAGAAGGUAGGCAACGAUUUGCUGAUCUUGGACUAGCCAGGGGGCAUAGGCAGGGUUCGGCAUCUCCUGAUCCUUGCCGUCUUUAUCCUUGGCGAUGAUGGUCUUGGGAGGCUCCGCUAUGGUUUUGUCGACGUAGCCAUACAGGCCGGCGCCCAGUAUUUGGGAUCGGGCUUGAGCUUGCCAAAGGACAUAGUUCGUCCUGGUGAGAGGCUCGGAGAUGUUGUAGUCUAGGCCGGAGGAGGGAACAGCGGAGGAGGAGGACAUGGCGGCGGUGGAGUUGAUCGAUGGAGGUAGACGAGCUAGAUGCGAUGGAAAAGGCCUGCUCUGUAUACCAUGUAAACUAUUGUCGAAGCGUCUCAACUCCCUGGAGGGGACCCCGCGUGUAUAUAUAUUGAUAGCGAGGGGAGAACCUCUCGGGAGGAUUACAGGUCGUACGGUUAGAGGACUAACCGAGAGUUUACAGCAGAUAGGGAAUAGAGAUAGAUUACAACACCUUUAAACAGAAAAGAAACAUAUCCCUGUAUCCUAGAAGUAGCGCUCAAGACAUCUCUCGGAGGCCCAUGCUAUUGCAUGUUUAACAUCCAGCACAUCUGGAUAGCAUGGCUUUGGAGGAACUCUACCUAAGUUCAAACUGGCUCACAGGGUCAAUACCUUCGUUGCUGACAAAUAUCACUAUUUUAGAUAUCUCCAAGAAUAACUUUUCAGGAGUAAUACCAUCAAAUUUUGAAGGACCCCGGCUUCAAAUAUUGAUUAUCUAUUCAAACAGAAUUGGUGGGUACAUUUCAGAAUCUCUUUGCAAAUUGCAGCAGCUAGUUUAUCUGGAUUUGUCGAACAAUUCUUUGGAGGGUGAAAUUCCUCUUUGUUUUCCCAUCCAAAAAACACAAUUUCUACUGCUCAGUAACAACAGUUUAUCAGGAAAAUUGCCAGCAUCUUUGCAGAAUAACACAGCUAUUAAGUUCUUGGACCUUUCAUGGAACAAGUUGUCUGGAAGACUGCCUUCAUGGAUAGGAGAUCUGGGGAACUUGUGUUUUUUACUACUGAGCCACAAUACAUUUUCUGGUAGUAUUCCAAUUAAUAUAACAAGCCUUCGGCAUCUUCAAUACUUGGAUCUAUCAUGCAACAAUUUCUCUGGUGCAAUACCUGGGCAUCUAUCAAACCUAACACUCAUGAAAAUAAUACAAACGGAAUUCAUGGAUAUGGAUGAUGUACAUGAUUUGGGAGACAAUUCCCUGGAGAUUGGGGUUGGUCACCUUGGAGAAAUAUUGUCAGUAGUUACGAAAGGACAGCAACUUCUAUAUGGUACAACACUUGUAUAUUUUGUGAGCAUUGAUUUAUCAUGUAACUCCUUGACUGGUGAAAUCCCUACAGACAUCACGUCCCUUGCUGCACUGAUGAACUUGAAUUUAUCAUCGAACAAAUUGAGUGGAAAAAUUCCAAACAUGAUUGGCACCAUGCAGUCAUUGGUAUCCCUUGACCUCUCCGAGAACAAGUUCUCCGGUGAAAUCCCAUCGAGCUUGUCAAGUCUGACAUCUUUGGCCGCUCUGAACCUGUCCUACAACAAUUUGUAUGGAAGGAUACCUUCUGGCCGCCAACUUGACACCCUCAAUUCGGACAACUUGUCAAUUAUGUACAUUGCAACAGUGGGCUCUGUGGGCCUCCUCUCCAAAAUAAUUGUUCAGGAAAUGAUUCUUUCAUCAUCCAUGGCGAUCUAGAAAGCAGGAAGCAACAGUUUGAUCCACUGACCUUUCAUUUUG